GACCCGGGCUGGAAAGUUUAGUGGUUAACCACCAUGGGAGCGUCAAUGUAGUCCGGACUCUUCAGCGUUCCAGUCCUGAUGAGCUGCGGGGGCUCGGAGGAGGUCCGGUCUGAUGUAAAAGCAUGCUUGCUUGGCCACCAUGGCCAGUGUGACGCUGCGAUAUUUCUGCUAUGGCUGCCUCUUCACCUCCGCAACCUGGUCGCUGCUCCUCUUGCUCUAUUUCAACAUGGGGAAUGAGCCGGGCCGCGGCAGAACCCCCCUCCAGCCCAGGAACACGGGACCGCUCCUACAGCAGAUCACCAAGGGCCCCGGUGAGCAGAAGGCAGGACGAGGGGCGGCGGUGGCCAGUAAGAGAGCGGAGCUGUCACCAGAGAUGGGGAUGAUCUUCAGUGAGGCAGACCAGCGGCUCAGAGAUGAAGGUUACCAUCGACACGCCUUCAACGUCCUGAUCUCCACCAGACUGGGAUCACACCGACAACUCCCCGACACCCGAGACACACAGUGUAGGAGGAAGGUCUAUCCCCUGGCUCUGCCUUCUGCCAGCGUAGUGAUCUGUUUUUUUAAUGAGGCGUUAUCUGCCCUGCUGAGGACUGUUCACAGUGUUCUGGAUCGAACACCCGCCUACCUGCUGCAUGAGAUCAUCCUGGUGGACGACAGCAGUGAACUGGAGGAGCUAAAGGAUGACUUGGAGCUGUAUGUCAGAGAGCAGCUGCAGGGGAAGGUUAGGUUGGUGAGGAACCAAAGGAGAGAGGGGCUCAUCAGAGGACGAAUGAUAGGAGCAUCCCAUGCUACUGGUGAGGUUUUGGUGUUUCUGGACAGUCACUGCGAGGUGAAUCAAGCAUGGCUCCAGCCUCUGUUGGACCCCAUCCAGAGAGACUACCGUACGGUGGUGUGUCCCGUUAUAGACAUCAUCUCAGCUGACACCCUGACCUACUCACCCUCACCCAUUGUCAGGGGGGGCUUCAACUGGGGGCUCCACUUCAAAUGGGACCCAGUGCCUCCCUCUGAGCUCAGUGGACCAGAGGGAGCCUCCGGACCCAUCAGGUCUCCCACCAUGGCAGGUGGCCUUUUUGCAAUGAACAGGAAGUACUUUAAUGAGCUCGGCCAGUACGAUGCAGGCAUGGACAUCUGGGGCGGGGAGAAUCUGGAGAUCUCCUUCAGGAUCUGGAUGUGUGGCGGUCAGUUGUUGAUCGUUCCAUGUUCCAGGGUGGGUCAUAUCUUCAGGAAGAGACGUCCGUAUGGCUCACCAGGGGGGCAGGACACCAUGGCCCAUAAUUCUCUGCGGCUCGCUCACGUCUGGAUGGAUGAGUACAAGGAGCAGUACUUUGCCUUGCGUCCAGAACUGCGUGACCGUGCCUACGGUGAGAUCAGCGAGCGCGUGGCGCUGAGGAAACAGUUGAACUGUCACUCUUUCCGGUGGUACCUGGACACCAUUUACCCCGAGAUGCAGCUCAGCGCCAACGGCAACAGACAACAACAACCUCUGUUCGUUAACAAAGGCCUGAAACGGCCCAAAGUCCUCCAGAGAGGACGGCUCCGUAACCUAUCAACAGGGCGAUGUCUGGUUGCCCAGGGCCGAGCCAGUCAGAAGGGUGGAGCUAUAGUCCUCAGACCAUGUGACCAUCGAGACCCAGAGCAGGAAUGGUCAUAUGAUGAAGAUGGUGAGCUGGUCCUGGCAGGUUUGUUGUGUUUGGACGUGUCGGAGGUCAGGACGUCUGACACCCCUCGUCUAAUGAAGUGUCAUGGCUCAGGGGGGUCACAGCAGUGGAAACUGGGGAACUCUAACCGUCUCUAUCAGGUGUCAGUGGGUCAGUGUCUUUCGGUGCUCCAGCCAAUCGGGCCAAAGGGUUAUGUUGCCAUGGCGAUAUGUGAUGGCUCCCAGCCCCAACAGUGGCAGAUGGAAGGUUAAUGGUGAUGAUGUCAUACAGCUGCCUGUCCAAUGGUGAGAGGAACAGAUGGAUGUAAACACCGAUGGAUUUAUUACUCCGCCCUCGUGUGGUCAGGAGGUGGAAUGUAGCUUAGACUGGCGACAGCAUUUAUAAUCACACACACACACACACACACACGCACGUGCGCACGCGCGCGCGUAAGUUAGAUACUGCCCUCAGGUGGAGAUGAGUUUGUCCUGAUUGGCUUGCUGCAUGAUAUUAUUCCACCAGUCAUGUUCAACAAGUCAGAUCAGAAUAUCAGACACUUACUCGAUGUCGUUUAUAUUUAAUAAUUACAAGCAGACUGAGAAGAAGAGCCUCCCCCACCUCCCAGCCUCUGCCGUCCGUCUGACCGAGAGCUUCAGGAGGUGAAGAGGACCAGGGCUGUUCCAGUCUCCUCAAACACAGCCAUCUCCUUGACUUACUGACUGGGUCCACUGGAUUUAAUCAUGUCCAGUAAUUAACUUUGGGUCAUCAUUAGAUUAAGAAACGAUGACCCGAAACCAUGGAUGUUGUGUGGGACACAGACGGCUUGACGCGUCGGUACCAUUCAUGAAGACAGACUCCUCCUCCA